UUCCUUAUUCAAUUUUGCAGUUAUGUCGAAUGUGACGGUGUCAGUGCCAGUGGAGACUGUCGGAAGUCGCGAAAAGGUUGUGUCGAUUCACAAAAAUCGUGAUUCUGGCUUGGAAAUUGAUAUCGUAAGCGACGAUGCAUUGCAGCUUUCGGAGAAAAAUGUGGACCAUGAAGAUCCCGAAGAUGCACCAAUGCCUAAAUCAACUGAUGAUGGAAAUGCCUUGGCUAGUGAAGAUGAGGAAAAUUUGCCGUACGUCAGAAAACGGACAGGUCGAGUGUUCGACUCGGAAGACGAAGAGGAACCAGUUCCGACAGUGGAGAGUGCCGAUGAAGAUGCAACUGUGACACAAGAUUCAGACGAAAUCUUGAGCAGUGAUGACGAGGCAUCCUCUGUUUCGAAAAAAGAAAAUACCUUGAAUCCUGGAAGUGCGAAUGAGCACUUGAAAUCAUUCGAACAAGGCCAAGAAAUGUCAGAAGAAGCGAAGCUUGAUUCAGAAUCUGAUGUUAUGAGUAGUGAUGAUGAAGAGACCCUGAGAUUCAAGAAACUAUUGGCCCAAGACGAUCAGUCCGAUGAGGAGAGAGCGAUUUCCACGUUGCCAGAAGAUAAAUUGGCAGACAUCUCUGGCCGACCGAUACGACGUGAUGUUGAACGUAUGGUGCGUGAGAGGCAAGUAUCUCUCCCGUAUCAUAGAGCGAAAACGAGGUCCUUGGGAGAUUUCCUGAAAAGACGUUCAAAUUUUCGUCAGUCUUACGGAAAUGGCAACGACUUGAUUUCGGAAAUGCAAAAGAAGGAACAAGAACUGAAAGCUUUCUAUGCUGUGGAAUCGGAAGAUGAAGACGAUUCAGAAUCUUGGACACCUGGAACGUCGGAUAAAGCGCCCGAUGUUCUGAACUCUGUCGCCGAAAAACUGAACGAAGUUCAAGAGGCUGUAGAAGAAGUGGCUGAAAUUGAUCCGAUUUCGCCGAUGGGUCGUCAGCCAGAAACUGAAGUUUCUGAAGUAAACGUAGAGAAGCUCCCGGAUGCAGAAGUAUUCGAAAUGACAACUAAAUGUGAAGAGCCCAGUGUAAACCAAGAAGUGACUUCAGUUUUGCGUCAAAGCUCAUCUGACGGGCCUCAGCAGAAGUCUCCGUCUUCGAAAAAACGAACAAGGAAAGAUAAAUUGUUAUCUCUAUUGCGGCUUCAGGAAAUGGAUGAACAGGUUAGAUUGCGUGCAGAAAAUGACGACUUUGUGGAACUUGAUUCCGGUGACGAGGAAGUAACUGGCGUGGACAAGUUCAUCAAAGGAUUCAUGCAUCACAUGUGUCCGCUGGAGAAAAAGGUUGUCAACGUGAAACCUAUUGUUGAAUCCGCUGUGGAGGUUCUGGUCGUUCCGACGGAAUUAGAAUCACCGAGCAAGAUACAAAAAAUGAAAUCUCGGGUUGCACUGCGUUGCCAGCUGCAGAAGAGUCUUCGUUCGAAAAAACUUAGCCAAAAAAAGGAAGAACUCCUUCAACGGGCUAUCGAGGAAGUUGACGAAGGAGAUGAUGGGGAUGAUGAGAUGGAAGAAGAGUUCGUAGGUGAUGUCGAAGGGAGCGAUUCGGAAGAGGAAGAAGAAGAAGAGGAUGACGUCGACGACGAAUUACGUUAUGUUGAGCCGAAAGCACGCAACCGAUCCAAGUUUAUCGAUGAUGAAGCAGAUGAAUCCGAUGGAGAAGUAGAGGAGGGUGAAGCGGAAGAAGAUGCAUCUUUACUGUUGGAGGAAUGCGAACCCGAGGAAGAAUCUCUUGGAGAGAAAGCGGAGAAUGCAAACUUGGGGUUGAGUAAAGCAAGUUCAGAAAAUUCCCUUUUCGAGCCGAAUAAUCAAGUCUCGUCCAGAUUUCUCACAAAUUCGACUGACCAAACUUUCUACGAAUCCGGAUCCAAAUACCUGAGAUCUCAACCAGCCACCGAUGCCCAGUGGCGAAUAACGAAAGACGGAAAACUGGCUUUCACAACUCCCGCCACACAAGAAAGCCCUGAGAAGUCCUGCAUGUUGAAAAAGCUUAUAGGCGGAACGCAGAUGACACCGGACGAUUCCGACCUCGUCGCUUUGUGUUCCGGAUCAUUUGACACCCAGAAUGUCGUGGAAUCUGAACCGCUGCUUCUUGCGGAAACUGAAUGUCCUCUCCUGCUCAUGGAUUCAGAGCAACCUAAUAAUACGCAAUCGGAAGUCGUGCUUGAAAGUGAAAAGUCUUUCAGUGAGCUUGGAGAGUCUCGUGCACCGGAAGUGCAAUCGGAGGCGCACGUGAAUGAAUCAACUUCUAAACGAAAUUUAUCCGAUGAUUCGGAUGACGAGGAAGAAAUCGGCGCCAGGCCGCGAAAGCAACGCCGAUUAUUUUCUCUCGACGAUGAUGAGGAAGAAGAAAACGAACGAUCUGUUGAAGUCGACGGACAACGAAACGAAGAUUCGGAAGAAGGUGAUGAUUUUGAGAAUGAUGAAGAGCUUGACGACGAAGAAGAUGAGCAACGUUCCGUGAUGUACGAUUCGGAGGAGAACGAAAUCCCCGAAGAGCGAGUGGAAGAGUACAAGAAGAAAAUCCGGUCUGAGUUUUUCGAUGCGGAAGCAGCGCUGUCCGGAUCUGAUGACGGUUCUGGCGACGAGAAUGACGAAGGUGACAGUGACGGCGAAGUGCUCCACGAUCUCCUUGCCACGGACGAUUCCGACGUCCCGUCCACAGCGAAACUCCGCAACCAAAUCGCAGCUGUGCAAAUGCGACAGAUGCUGGACGAAGACGCUCGUCAACUCAGAGUGCUGCAAGAAAUCUACCUCGAAGACGGGGAUCUUCACUCGGAUCGGCAACGCGAACGUCGCUUCCGCUGGAAGAACAUUGACGAUAAUGACGAAAACGCAGUCGGAGUUGAUGUCGACGAUGAUGUAGACGAAGAUGAAGACCAGGAAACUGUCGGAACUGUCAGGAUAGUUCGUGAGAAGGCCGAAGUAGUUGUGGAGUCGUCAGAGUGGCGCAAGGAGAGAUUCAAUCGCGAGAAAUGGAAAACCGAAGCCUUGCAACUUGAAAAUUCUCUGGGCCCGGAUCCCGAUUUGAUAUCUUCUGAAGGUUGCAACGGGGACUCGCAAGUUACGAUGAGUUCGAAAGCCAUGCAGAUUAUUCAAAAACUCUCUUCGUUCGACGACAACUCGAAUAAUACAAGUGACGAAAAUAAAAUAAGCCUCAAAAGACCCAGCAAGAAGAGUUUUUUGACGCAUUCGGAAGAUGAUUUGCAACGGAUAGCAAAUUUAACCAAAUCUGCGGCCACACCCGAGCUCUCCGUUGGCCCUUCGAAACGGGGAUCGAAUUUUGUGUUCUCCCAUGUUAGUCCUGGGGAUGAACUGAAGAAGGCGGCAAAGAAAAAGGAAGGCCCAAGACAAGCAACGAAAGUUGAUCGGAGUUUCAGGCGGUUAACGGAAGACAAGAAGCAGUCGAGUAUCUUCAAGUAUUUCUCAUGA